AUAGCUUCCCCCACCCCUAAAAAACACACAUAUACACACAGAUAAUUACUGCUUACUGAUUUUGGGGGAGGAGCUUAUGUCCAGCAGUCACCCAACUAGGGGGAAAAUCGUAUAAAUACUCAAGGGUGACACCUGAAAUCAUCAGCUUCUGCUCACUCACCAGUGGCAGAAGAACUCCUCACUAGAGGAGGAUUUGCAACUCUACUGCCCUGCGUUGGAGCUCCACAACAUUUUGGUAUGCUAUCAUUUCAUUUCAUUUCAUUCUGUUUGGUUUUGAUGCUAACUUCUACAGGAUACUUGCUUUCUGGCUGGUGAGGGAAGCGGGUGGAUAUUUAAGGGACAGUGACAGCAUCCUUACUGCCACUGGAGGUAUUUGAAAGGUGAAAGAUAAAAACUUGCUUUCAAGCAAAGCAAUAUGAGAUUUUAGCCAUUGAUGCUGAAAGGAGCCAGGACUUCAUAUUUCAUUUGCUGUAGCAUUAGAGAGAAGCAAUAAGGUUAUGGUGUGAUGUCUGUGAUAGCCACUGAAAACUCUUCUUCAUUCCAGGAGUUGUGAUAUAUGCAACUCCUGAACUUAGUUUUGGGGUCCUGGUGUAAUUAGGAAAAUAAUCACUGUUUCUGAAGACAGUGGUUUUAAAUAAGAUGACACCUAUUUAAAAUUAUUCUCUUCAUAAAAGUGAGACCACUGCCUCUAAGCUCUCUCUUGUAUAUCUCAUACAGACACAAAAGAACUCAAAAUCUUUAGUUAGCAAUACUGAUUCCCUUUUCCUUAGAGAACUUUUCACAGACAGUGAAAGCAGGAGAAAGUAAUCACAAAAUAAUGAUACUUUUAACACCAACAGCUUAAGAAAAUUCCUUUUUUUUUUAAUUCAGAAGACACUGAUCAACUUCUAUUUAAAACAACUCUUUCUCCCCUUUCUAACACAGAACUGACCUGGAAACAUGCAUUUACAAAUAUCCUUACUGCUGCUGUUUUGCCUAAACAUAGUCCAUGGUAGUGAUGGAUAUUUUUCUGAGCGAUAUCAGAAACAAUCCAGCAUCAAGGGGCCACAUUUUCUACCAUUCAAUGUAAAGAGUCAAGGUGUACAGAUAAGAGGUGAACAAGGACCCCCCGGUCCCCCAGGCCCUAUUGGACCAAGAGGACAACCAGGUCCUGCAGGAAAACCAGGGUUUGGAAGUCCUGGACCCCAAGGUCCCCCUGGUCCCCCAGGACCACCUGGAUUCUCUGCUGUUGGAAAGCCAGGAAUGCCAGGUCUACCAGGGAAGCCAGGAGAGAAAGGAUUAAAUGGUGAAAAAGGAGAAGCUGGACCUGUUGGGCUCCCAGGAGCAAGAGGGCCACAAGGACCCCCUGGCAUUCCUGGCCCUGCAGGACUGUCUGUCCCUGGCAAGCCAGGACCACAAGGCCCUCCAGGAGCUCAAGGUCCACGGGGCCUCCCUGGUGAGAAGGGAGAGCCAGGUAUUCCUGGUAUAAAUGGACAAAAGGGAGAAAGUGGGUUUGGUGUUCCAGGCCGCCCAGGUAACAGGGGUCUUCCAGGCCCGCAGGGACCUCAAGGCCUCCCAGGUCCUGCUGGGAUAGGGAAGCCUGGAGAAAAUGGUCUUCCAGGUCAACCAGGUAUGAAAGGUGACAGAGGUCUGCCUGGUGCACGUGGAGCAACUGGUAUCCCAGGUCCGCAGGGUCCACCAGGAGAACCUGGAGAAGCUGGCAUCGGCAAGCCUGGCCCAAUGGGACCACCAGGAGCAGCAGGCAUCCCUGGAGCCAAAGGACACCCUGGACCUGCAGGCUUGCCUGGAUCCCCAGGUCUUCCAGGAUUUGGAAAGCCAGGAUUGCCAGGGAUGAAGGGACACAGAGGGCCUGAAGGACCUCCUGGCCUUCCAGGACCUAAAGGAGAUCAAGGCCCAGCUGGUGUGCCGGGAGAACCAGGUCCUGCUGGGUCACCAGGGAACAUGGGCCCCCAAGGACUCAAAGGCUUGCCCGGUGAGAACGGCCUGCCCGGACCCAAAGGUGACAUGGGCCCUGCAGGCCCUGCAGGAUUCCCAGGAGCCAAGGGUGAAAAAGGUUUACCAGGAUUAGAUGGAAAACCAGGAUACCCAGGUGAGCCGGGUCUCGCUGGUCCUAAGGGACACCCGGGUCUCCCAGGUCCAAAAGGCGACACUGGCCAUGCUGGGCUACCUGGCCUGCCCGGUCCAAUGGGCCCACAAGGAGUUAAGGGACUGCCAGGCAUCAAUGGUGAACCAGGACCCAGAGGACCUUCAGGAAUUCCUGGGAUCAGAGGCCCCAUCGGUCCCCCUGGCAUGCCAGGAGCCCCUGGUGCUAAAGGUGAGCCAGGAGCACCAGGACUGCCAGGCCCAGCAGGUAUUGCUACAAAAGGCUUAAGUGGACCCAUGGGACCACCUGGACCCCCUGGGCCUAAAGGCAACAAUGGAGAGCCUGGCUUGCCAGGUCCCCCAGGUCCUCCUGGUCCCCCUGGCCAAGCCGUAAUCCCACAGAUGCCAGAAGGCUAUGUUAAAGCAGGAGAGUCUCGAGAACUAUCAGGAAUGUCUUUCAUGAAAGCAGGAGUAAACCAAGCUCUCACAGGAAUGCCAGUGUCUGCUUUCAGUGUCAUUCUCUCAAAAGCUUACCCUGGGGCAACAGUCCCUAUCAAAUUUGACAAAAUCUUGUACAAUAGGCAGCAACACUAUGACCCCAGAACAGGAAUCUUCACCUGCAGGACCCCUGGACUGUACUAUUUCUCCUACCACGUACAUGCAAAAGGAACAAAUGUUUGGGUUGCACUCUACAAAAAUGGUUCCCCCAUCAUGUACACUUAUGAUGAAUACCAGAAAGGAUACCUUGACCAGGCCUCUGGCAGUGCUGUCAUCGAUCUCAUGGAGAAUGAUCAAGUAUGGCUCCAGCUGCCAAAUUCAGAAUCCAAUGGCCUCUAUUCCUCUGACUAUGUUCACUCUUCUUUCUCAGGUUUCCUAUUUGCUCAGAUCUAACACCAUCCCACUUACACUGUCCUGACACUCUCUCUUUCAGUCCAUUUUAACCGGGUACUGAUCUGAUGUCCUUAGCAGGUCAU